GAGGAUAACAUUUCUUUGGGAUGAGCUGAUGUGACGCAUUGAUGACGGAUUUUCAUUUCAAUGAGGAAUGAAUGAAUUCUGGACGGUUUCUAGGACAUGGCCACAACUUUCAGGCACCAAACUGAGCCUUGUGGUAAAGUGAGAUGACUGAGAGACUUCUCCAUGUCAUCUACAUGUUGCCGUAGUGCAUAUCCAUUCAUUCAGCAUUUGUGGACAGGACCUGCACAUUGUUCAGGAGCAAAUUUGGUCCAUUCUUGCCAGUAGAACUUCUCUUCAGCUCAGCCUUACUUCAAUGAUAGCUGGUGUUUAUUUUUUCUGGCUUAAGUUAUCAGGUGACAGACAUACAACCUGAUGUUAACGUGUAACAUUCCUUGAAAAACAUGAGAAUUACAGUAUUUUGCCCUUUGAUGCAGGUAAUCAAAUCCAAGCUAGUUUGUAGCAAAUCAACCCUGCAUCAUGAUGUUUCUUCUGAUGUAUUCCACCUUUAGGAUGAUGUUUGCAUACAGUGACGUCUACACCCAUAGGAUUUCUGAAGAGCAAUGGCUUCGUCACACCUUGCCCGUACGAUGUUCAGCAUUUAUAUUUUUACUUUUUAUGAAGCUAUUAAGGUGCAAAACCGGCAAUACUUAGAACAUUUAGCCUUCCACCUUGAACUUUCAGGGCAAUUGAAAGUAGUGCGGUGAAAAGUUUUCCUAGUUUUGUGUCAUUCUGCAGCAGAUCAGUUUCGCUCUAUUCUUUGCAGUAUUAUAUGAACUUUACAAAGAACAUUUUAACUGAUCUGUAUUAUCAAAACUUGCACAUAUGAUGGCAUGGUUAGAACUUGAAUAAUGUUCGUAAAUGCAAAUCUGGUAUCAAGCACAUUUUUUUGAAACAUUUUGAUGGUUAGUAUCUUUUUAAGUCACACCAGCAUGGAGCAUUUCUUUUAAGCUUAGUUUGUACAUCGUAAAAAGGACUCAUAUUUUUUAUUGUUGACAUCAAAUAAUCAGAGCUGCCUUUAUAUGCUUUUGUUUUAUAGGUUGCAUGAAAUAUACUGGGAUAGCUAUGGCAAAGCUCUACAAAUAGUGUCCUCAGGUGCCACCGGGACUGACUCAUCACAGUAAAAUCAGUAAAGAUAGCAUUCAGUAUGAAACUGAUACUAAUUUUGGGGGAUUUUAAUCUUCUCUCAACAUAACCUUCUGUAAAUGAAUGUGCACUGAUAAACACUUUAAUAUUGACUGUACAGUAUAAAUGAGGAAAUUACUUUUCAGAUGGAGCAGGAGGGGAAGAGACAGGUUGCCUUCAAAAGGAAAGUCAAUACAGUAGCAGACAUAGAGUUAAACUGUUACUGGAAGUGAAAACUCAAGAGUUUCCUUUCAACUUAAAGUUUUUACCAAACCCACAGCCUCAGCUGUACUAAUGCUAAAAAUGGCAAACAAGGUUGUGAACCUGAAAAAUAUACAGUCCAAACAGCAACAUAUUACUAUUUAUUUAAUUUAACAUAACAUUUCUUAGGGAGGGGCAAACCUACUUUCUACCAAAACUUGCAUUUCAGUAAAGAACCAAACGUGAUACCAACAUCUGAGACAAGUUGCAGGAUAUCUUCCAGAAUUACAUUUUCUGUAGUGUUAAGUUUGCUUUGUUUUCUUGCAGAUUUGCUGUGGAAAAACAACACACUCGGCAAUGUUCACUUUAUGAAAAUGAAACAACAUUUCUGUCGUAAAAUAUUUUCCUCAUAUCUUUCAGUUACACUUUUUGCUGAUUAAAGAUGUAUUUAAUUCUUAUUUCUUUAAAUGUCCUUAUUUUAAUUGAUAAAUGUUAUACUCAAUUUGUCUCUUACAUGCUGAUAAAGUUACUGUACAAGUCAUACUUCCCCUUUAAAAGGCCUGACUAAUAGCAGUAGUUUAGCAAACUGUGUGCGUGCGUGUGUGUGCACGCGCAUGUGUGUAGGAUGAAACCAUUAAGUCUUUUGCUACAGUAAUGCCUUUCAAACCUCUCCAUGCAAUUUGCUACGUCUGAAGCUUUUGUAGUUUGUGUUUUUGAUAACACUGUCGCUAGAAAUAACUGGAAUCUUAACACCUCAAACUGUGAACAGGAAAUAAUUGUAGAGGAUACAGUGAUGCCAUAUUAGGAGAUGUUUAAAUGAUCUAAGCUAUUGUCCUUUAAGACAGCUGAAAGAUUGAGCACAAUUAGCCGACAAUCAUUAAAAUUAUGCUGCUGCAAUACAGAAGUUCUUUCAAAGAACCUCAAAUCAAGAUUAUGACUGACUCCGUAUUUUUGAGUCUGUGGGAGUUCUCCCUUUUUUUUAGACAUGAAUAAGCAACAGAUUUAAUUAAGGGUAUGGGUUGCACACGCAUUAUUCAGUAAUACAUUUCAUUCCCACUGAUGCACCUUCCAUGAUGCAUUGAAGCAUGGGAUGUUUAAUUAGAUUUUUUCUACAAUGCUUGUGCAUUACUUCCCCCUCAAAAUUUCUCACAUCACACACUUAAGAUGAUCACGAAAAAUCCAAACUUCUUUCAUUAGUGUUGACGUUGCGUAUUGCUAACUUAGGUAUAUCUGAUAUGAUGUGGUAAAUGGUAGAUGUUAGCUCUAAACAUGGCCAUCUGACAGAGGAAAUAAUGGGCAGCAGUGUGUAGAGAAACUUCCUGGAAACUUACUGUAGUGCAAAGAGCAGAAGUACUAAAGGAGGAGGAAGAGUAGAAUUGUCAGUUGAAAGUAGAAAUGCUGAGAAGAGGUCAGUGAGGGGAAACGGAGCAGAACAUUCAGACGGAAAAAGGAAGAGUUUGCCCUGUGGAGGAACAGACUGUCAGCCUAAAUCAUCAAAUCAGGAUGUUUGUUCUCGUCUGGGCAAUUCUGCUCCUGUCUGUGAGUAGACUGACUGCUGGCCGAAAAAAUUCAUCAGGGACAGACAACCCAAACUGUAAUCAUGAUAAAUCCUGCACCAUGUCUAAUGAAGGAAAUAUAACAGCAGAGUCUGGACUCUGUGUUGUUAUACCUUGUACUGCUAAAGCUAAUUUUGAGGUUAAAAGUAUAAUUUGGCACAAAUGCAAUGAAAGCUUUAACAAACCAAUAUUUAACUCCCAUGACAAUGAAAACAUCCAGCCUGAGUAUAAAGGACGGGUGUCACUGCUGCAGCCUGACCUGAAUAAGAAGAACUGCAGCAUCAUCAUCAAUAACCUCACCAAGUCAGACUCUGGAUCAUAUUUUGUCAGAGUCACUGGUAAUAAGACUAGUGACUGCACAAUCCUUUCAAAAACUCUUACUGUGACAGGUAACAACAGCCACAGUGAGGUCAGCUUUCACGGUGAGGCAACUACAGAGGAGACAAAAACUCUGCAUGUUACCUGCAAGAGUCCCACCACUGGGAGCACAAAAGAUCUUUUUGCAGACGUAUUAAACACUGCUAAACAGCUGCCCGGCAUCAUUGUGUUUUUGAUCGGGUUUGUGAUGGGGAUACUUCUUUCAACAAUCAUCACUUGUCUGGUGAUAAAAUGCCUCAGAAAAAAACCGAGGAGGUCUAGAUUUCUGCCUGAGAAUAUGGAGCUGGUGAUUGCUCAGUCUGUUCCAGAUUUGAUGGAUGUUGGUCCAACAGCUCACUAUGAUGUAAUCCGUGUCCAAGAUGAGGGAGGAGCUGAGUCCUCUGGGCCGUCAGCGCCUGACGGUGACAUGAGACCAAAAGAGGUGGAGUACUCCAACAUCGAUUUCUCCAGGAUGAAAACGAGGAAUCCCACAGGGGCUGAGGAGACAUGGGGUACAGCAGAGACAGAGUACGCUGAAAUUAAGAAAGAAGCAAUGGAGGACAGACCGGACACCGGUGGAGAGGACGGUGAAGUGCUGGAGGGCAAUGAGGAGGAGAAGGUGGUGAUGAUAGGGGAGGAUGAGGAGGCAAAGCAGGGCAUGGCAGCUGAGGAGGAUGUGGCACUGUAUUCCAAUGUGAAGGAAGUGAUGGAUGAGGUUUGAGGUCUGGUGUGGUCACGUAAGGAUGCUCCCCCCCCCCCUCCUUUUUCUUACAAUUUGUGAAGCAAACAGUAAGAUAAAAUUAAACUAGAUGUGUGAUGUCUGUGUGAUUUAGGUUUAUUUUGUGUGCUUGUGUGUAAAUUUCCUUUAAAAGGAAGGAAAUCAUGUAAAUAAAAUGUAAAAUUAUGCAUAAAUAAAAAUGAGUGGGAGUAAAGGAAAGGAUGCUACAGCCAUGGCCAUAAGUUUGGACACAAGUACCAUGACGCUUGUGAAUCUUAGAAAAUACCACAAAAUUGUCACUUACAAUACAGUACACAACUCCUGAGAACUAUAUUAAGUUUCAUAUUUUAAAAAAAAACAUCAAAAGAGUUUGGUGUCAUUUUGUUAUUCUUACCAAAUUCGGUUGUGAAAGUACUGCAUUUUUUUGUUAUUUUCUUCUAAUAUUAAGUUUUGGGAACAAAAUUGUUCCAAUUGUUGGAAUUUAUUGAUAAUAUUAUAUCCCUUGUUGAUUUGUUGACUAAUUAAACUGGUGCUGUCAAAAAAUAUUAGUUAUGUUCUGUAAUAGACAUCAAAACAGACAUAGUAAGUCAUGCUGUGUCCAAACUUAUGGCCAUGGCUGUAAAUGGAUGUGUUGUCAAUCCUAAAAAACAAAGGGCCAAAAACAAAAUUUAAAAAGCAGGAAAAUGCUAAGAAAAGGUGGUUAAAGCUGUCUACACAUAAACGGAAAGGGCUAUCGGCUUGGACUGAUCUACUGGGGAUUAGUUUCUCAAGUAAUGUGUUCUCAUGUGACGCAUUUUGACGUGUAAAUGACUGCCCUGUAAGUUGUUUUUGUUGAUUUAUUUUUUUAACCACAGCACUGGCAACUUGGCUAGGGAUUAGCAAAACAGCGUUACUCCAUUCAUUCAGCUACUAGUACGAUACCACGUGCAGAACCUGCCUUUAGUGUCCAUAUUCAGGAAUAAACUCACACAACUCUGAUUUACCCAACGGAGCCACUUUGUUUACAAAGGAACAAAACUCAAACUGUGUGAAUACAUAAUCUUGCUGUUUCUCUGAAGUCUUUGUACGCAAUUAAGCUUUUAUGUAUAUUACAGAAUUUAUACGUACUAUAUCAGGAUGAAUUAACAGCUUUUCAUUACUUUUCACAACGCAUUCAUCAUUAGAAAUACAUGCAGCUGAAGUUUCAUUUUUAAAAAUAUGUAUACAGAUUGAUACAGAGUGUCUAUACUAUUAGGUUUGGUUAAUUCUUGUGAUCAAAUGUAAUGUGUCUCUUAUUUUGUCAAUAAAAUAUAGUCAAAA